AGAAGGGCUGACACGAAUGGUCGGGCUGAGAGAAUGGUAGUGUUGAUCCUGUGCAAGUCAGUUUAAAUUCAUAUAUCUGCAAAAAGUAUUUUGGCUAGAGGAAUACAUACUCUUCUAUUCAAGAGUAUCAGGCUGCAGUAAAUGUGCAGUUUUGGGCUCUCAAAGUUAACCCAGGAGUAUAUUUGCAGAAAAGAAGCGCUAACAAAGGAAGCGCAGAGGUGCUAGCCAGUUAGCUAGCAAGCUAGCCAGUUUGGGAAGAAACUGCUAAGAAAAGUAUGGCCGGACGAAAUGUCUUCACAAUGGAUUAUACCAACAUGAGUCGGAUGCUACUAUCGACGUUUUCUCUGCUAAUGAUUGGACUUUGCGGGGUAAGUGGACAGUAUGGCGACCGGGGAAUGUCAAUUCCAGAACAUGGGUUUUGUCAGCCGAUUUCCAUCCCACUUUGUACGGACAUCGCUUAUAACGAAACCAUCAUGCCAAAUUUGCUGGGGCACACGAAUCAGGAAGACGCCGGGCUUGAGGUGCACCAGUUCUACCCGCUCGUAAAAGUUCAGUGCUCGCCCGACCUCAAGUUUUUCCUGUGCUCCAUGUACGCGCCCGUGUGCACGGUCCUGGAGCAGGCUCUUCCCCCUUGCCGUUCACUCUGCGAGAGAGCGAGGCAGGGCUGCGAGGCGCUGAUGAACAAAUUCGGCUUCCAGUGGCCAGACAGCCUGGCGUGCGAGUCUUUCCCCGUCCACGGAGCUGGCGAGUUGUGCGUGGGACAGAACAUGUCCGAUAAAAGCACCCCGAUCGACCCAACGCCCGACGUGACGGAGCCCUCGAACGACAACAGGAACGUGAAAGGGCAUUUUAGGUGUCCGGCCGCGCUCAGAGUUCCCGGUUAUUUGAACUACCGCUUUCUCGGGGAGGACAAUUGCGGGGCUCCGUGCGAGCCCUCGAAAUCUCACGGAAUGAUGUAUUUCAGCCCGGAUGAGUUAAAAUUCGCCCGGAUUUGGAUCGGAAUCUGGUCGGUUUUGUGUUGCGCCUCCACCUUGUUUACUGUUCUGACCUACUUGGUGGACAUGAAGAGGUUCAGCUACCCUGAGCGCCCCAUCAUCUUCCUGUCUGGCUGCUACACAAUGGUGUCCAUAGCCUACAUUGCAGGAUUUCUCCUGGAGGACAAGGUGGUGUGCAACGAGAAGUUCGACAACGAGAUCAGGACUGUCGUCCAGGGCACCAAGAAGGAAGGCUGCACCAUACUGUUCAUGAUGCUGUAUUUUUUCAGCAUGGCGAGCUCCAUUUGGUGGGUGAUCCUGGCUUUGACCUGGUUUUUGGCGGCGGGGAUGAAGUGGGGCCACGAGGCCAUAGAGGCCAACUCGCAGUACUUCCACCUGGCCGCCUGGGCCGUGCCGGCCAUCAAGACCAUCACCAUCCUGGCGGUGGGGCAGGUGGACGGCGACGUCCUGAGCGGGGUGUGCUUCGUGGGCAUCAACAGCGUGGACGCGCUGCGCGGCUUCGUCCUGGCGCCCCUCUUCGUCUACCUGUUCAUCGGCACCUCCUUCCUCUUGGCGGGCUUUGUGUCCCUCUUCCGCAUCCGGACCAUCAUGAAGCACGACGGCACCAAGACGGAGAAGCUGGAGAAGCUGAUGGUGCGCAUCGGCAUCUUCAGCGUCCUCUACACCGUGCCGGCCACCAUCGUCAUCGCCUGCUACUUCUACGAGCAGGCCUUCAGGGAGCAGUGGGAGCGCAGCUGGAUCAGCCAGACCUGCAAGACCUAUGCCGUCCCGUGCCCGUCCCACUACACCCCCCAGAUGAGCCCCGACUUCACCGUCUUCAUGAUCAAAUACCUCAUGACUCUCAUCGUGGGCAUCACCUCCGGGUUUUGGAUAUGGUCGGGCAAAACGCUCAAUUCCUGGAGGAAGUUUUACACGAGACUGGCUAACAGUAAACACGGGGAAACAACAGUGUGACCCUCUGGGACACUGCUGACUGCCCCUCCCAAACACACACACACACUUUUUUCUGAACUGAAGAUGAGCUUUUUUUUUUUUUCGUGAGAGACACGAUGUGAGAGACACUUUCUGCCGUAUCAUUUUGUUGUAAAUAAGCCUUUUGUGAGAUUUUUGUAAGUAUAUAUUUGUAUUUAAAGAACACGAUUCUCUCCUUUUAAAAUCAUUUUUACAUAUUUUGGACAAAAAGAAGAAGGGUACUGACUCAUUUUUCACCCGAGAGUUGAUAGUAUCGAUUGUCUGGAUUUUCUUCAUUUGGACACUACUGGGAGACUUGUUUAUACUUUUGUGUCCUAGGAUCACUUAAUGUGACCUUAACUUUGACUUGGAAAUGUGUUUUUAGGCAACCUGUUAAAUGGCUUUCUUUUGGGUCCUAACACCUUCUAAUAGAAAGCAAUUAAUCUGUGUUCACUUCUUUUACAGUCAUAUGGAAAGAGGGAUUUGAACCUGUGAUCUUGCAGUUAUUCUUGUAAUAAAUUAUACCUGUUUGCACGGGUGGUAUACAGCUAGACUAAUGUGAGUGGAUUUGGACUUUCCCCUCAUACCAGUCACUAAUAUUAAAAUAAUUGCGCUCUAACUAAUGCCAAAGGCUUUAGUGCUAUAUUUACUGUAUGUCAUUAAAUGAAAGCACACGUCAUUUGGGGCUAAACUCAUAUGCAUCAUUUAUAUUAAUCAGACCCUUUGGAACUAAAGUCAAAGUACAAACAUGGCAAACUUCAUAGCUGCUGAAAUGGUUCAUACCUGUAACUUGGAUCUCAUUGUCCUUAGUAUAAUUGUGAGUUGAGUGCCUUUUUGUUUCUUUUAUGGCCCUUUCAAGGAAGUGGCCUACUUAAGUCGGACCUGUCUCAGAGAUGGUAACCGUUGGUCCAGUCGAGGUUGUUUUUAAGGUGUUGCCAUGACAGCGGAAAUAUUAAACCAGAGCCAUGCAAAAGUGUUUAAAGGUGACUUCAAACGCACAAUGAAAUCAGCUUAAACUAAUGAAAAAUAAUUUAAUACCCAGUAAUUCCUUUCUUACUCAGAGGAACUGCCUGAAUAGACAUGCUACAACCAAAAACGCUCCUCUUAAUUAAACAGUGUUUAUUUUUAGAUUUGGUUAAUUUCAAUAGGACAAAGCCUUGACUGUUAACUGUGUGGUUUUGUCUAGGGACUGAAAAAUGGAUAAAAAUACAGUUAUUUUAAACCAGUGGCAGUUUGGAAGUCAUUUAUUAUUGUAGUUAAUUAGAAUCCCCCUCUCAGUGCUGUUUUUUGGGUGGUAUUGUGAUACAGGAAUUUAAUUUAUUGGACAAAGAGCGAGUAUAAAUUUUUUUUCCAUGUAAACUUUUCACCUUUGAUGGGCUUGAUCAGUUGAAGAGACUUAGAGGCAAUAUGUUUCAUGAGUAAGGUUCUUUCAGCAAGUGUAGGUCAUUUUUAGCCUAGUACUACCCAUGGGUCAGCCAGUAUUGCUCCUGCAGGCUUUUGAAGGCAAUGAAGGGAACAGUUUUGUCUUCAGAGCAGGAAAUUCAUGUGCCUUGAGUCAGUCUGAUUUAUGGUAUUUUGCCAAUUAAGUCUGAGUAAUGAAUUUGAACAAACUUUGUUUUUAUUGAUUCAAAUGCAAUUUUAAAAUUUCAGUGACCACCAAACCCAUAAUGAAAUGCAAGUUUCUCAUGGUGGUGUGACCUAAUGCAUACAUACAUUUUUUUUUUGUUCAGUUACAGACAAAGCACUGAGCACUGAAGCAUUUGGAUUGGAGUGAAUUUAGACUACAGGCACAUUGGCUCGUGAUUGGAAGGUUUUAGGACCCAAGGGAUGGCCGUUGCUUCUGGGGCUUUGUCCUGAGUAGGCAGACAAAAAUGAACACGUUAGGCUGUUCUUAUAUUAAUUGCCAAUUACCUUUAAAUCAAACUCAUGCUUGAUUUGAUGCCAUGUAAAAAAUGCUUUUGUGAACAGAGUUGGGAUGGUCUAAUGUCACUGCAUAGACACUCUUCCUUAAAUCCUCUCUGCAUGGAUCUGAUAAAAAAAAAAAAUAUUUUUUAAAAAAACGUUAAAGCCUGAAUUAAACUCUACAUUUUCCACAACAUUGAUAUGUUUGUUUUUUUUAUGCGUGUUGUUUUGCUAUUGAAGAAUCCUUUAUAUUUAUAGAAAAUAGGUUUAUAUGUUCCA